GUUGCUGCUUGUAAAUAACAUUACAUAACUUGUAUAAUGAUUAGACAUUUAAUUUAAAUGAAAUUCAGGUUUGGCUCAGGUUUGCAGGGAGGCUCCAGGAGUUUAUGACUCAGGUCUGGGAACCAAAAGAGGAAGUUUUCUGUUCAUGUUUACUGAGUUGUUGAACUUUUCUCCUUGUUAAAUGACCCCAGAGGUCAAUUAUGCUUUUAGUUCAGGCUAUGGUCUCUCAGAAAUGGUCUCUUGGCAGUUCUGUUCAAUCUCCAUUUUGUCACAUUGUUAAAAUUUGGUUAAAGUCCCACUGAAAUUAAAGAAAGGCUGUUUUACUCAUGAAUCAUCCAAGGUGUCCCACACUGUGUGUCCACCCCGUCAGGUCAGAACUUCCGGGUGUCUGAAGGCCGGACGCUGCUGCUCCCCUGCAGCGGCUCGACCCGACCCAAACAGAGGUGGUUUCAUCGGAGGGUAGGAGGGAAGCGGGAGGCCAUCCUCACCCGCUACAGGAACGGUACGGUGAAAGCGGAGCGGGAGGAGAGCCGGUACAGUAUGUGGAACGAUGCCCUGCAGAUUCUGGACCUGCAGCCAGACGAUGCUGGAGAGUAUCUGUGCAACGGAGAGCUGCAGGCCAGAGUCACUGUCCUGCCAGUGAAUCCAGAGACGACCAGGAUGCGUUCAGCCACCAGUACAACUCCAACACCUGCCGACAUGAUAUCAGAUGUGGUUGACAUAAAGAGGAAGGAGAAGAAGAGACCCGAGAAUGAUGUUGUUCCUGCGGUCGUCCUCUCAGCACUGCUGAUGGUGGUCGUCACCAGUUUGGGGUUAAUGAUCCUCCUCAUGGUUGCCGUCUGUGUUUUACUGACCGGCAUGAAGUGUAGGAGGAAGAGGAAAUACAGACGAGCAGCAGCAGCGGCGGCUCAGAAUCAUGAAGACACUGAACUGCAGCCGUGGAUGACGUCCAACAGUCAGACCGAGUGUGACAAGUUUGAGAGUCCAUCCCCGGCAGAGGAGACGAUCCACUACGCCUCUCUGGGCCGACAGAACUGGAGGGAAAGACCCAGCAGGUCUCCGCAGCAUCAGAACCACCACAACGUCAUCUACUCCUCUGUUAUCACCAGACCUGCCGCCAACUCCAAACAGAAACACACUCAGACUCAGACUGGGAUGAAAUACUACAUAUGAACCUAUGAGAAAGCUGUUAUUGAGCUUAACCAUGCAUGUAAAUUCACCUUCUUAAAGUAAUCACAUAGCGUACGUAGCCAAUAAAUACUGAUUAACAUAUUGUACUUAACUGCAGCAGCCGUUACAGAUUCAAUGCAUACAUUUGUAAGAAAUUCAAAAUACAUUUAAAACAUGAUAGCAAAGGUAAAUAUGUAUCUCCUGUUGUAUCAUGAAAGUUAUUUUAUUUGUAAAAGUGAACACUGGAACGUUUUAUUGACAAGCAGACAACAGAUUAAAGAUGAUCUUCAGCUUUACAAGCCAACUGAUUAAAAGCAUAACUAUGUAAUAUUAGACUCUAAUCAGUCAUAUUUGAGUUUUUGGGGCCUUUCAUACACAUGAAAAUGUGUUCCAACAACAAAAAACAUAUUUUAAAAAGAACAAGAAUUACAGCAACAGCAUUUAAUUAAUAGCAGGAGUUUGUUAUAUCAGAAUGUGUUUAUUAAAAAUGAAAACAAAUCAUUGACAGAUACAUGUGAACAACAACAACAGUGAGACACAAGAGGAAGCUUUGUUUUACUCCACAUUCAUGUACAAAAUAGACUCAUUAUGUGCAUAAUAUUUUACAUUCUUAUGCAGUGUUGGGCGAGUUACUGGAAAAAUGUUAUAACUUACACAUUAUAUAGAUUUACUCAUUUAAAAAGUAAUCAUAUUACUAAUUACUCAAAAUAAUUAGAUUACUUGUUACUUUCCUUUCAUUACUCCGCUCGGCUCUAAACAUCAUCGAAGCCUCCACAGCCACACGUUCCAAGUUUCAACGAUUAAUUGAUUAGUCAAAAAAUGUCAGAAAAUGAAUCACCAGCUAUAUUAAUAAUCCAUUAAUCGUUUUCAGUCAUUUUUUAAAAAGAUGUCCAAAUUCUAAGAAUCUAAAACUAUAGACUCUAUACAGAAUAGAGCUAUACGAUGUUUUUUGGGGGUUCAUAGAUUUGCUCAGAUCCCAGCAGUUCAGGGAGACGUGGGCUGGGUACCAGGGUCUGUUGAUUGUGGAACCGUCUAAUCAAAAUGUCAGAGGACAGAAUAAAUAAGAAAGUAUUUAUGUGGAGUAAAUUAUAUAGUUCUCCAGUUAGAGGAGGUGGAUAUGCUGUAUAUCUAUAGGAACAACCUGUGCUGUAAUGUUAACUUUAUUAAAAAGAAGAUUCUAUUGAAAAAAUUAAGAACAUAUAUGCAUAUCAAACAGAAUUUUGGCCCUGAAUUAUAUGUAACAUCUCGUUUAUCUAGAAGCCAAAGAUCUUUGGUUGCACAGUUGAGAGCUGGUUCUUCCUCUGGCCGUUGAGAUCGGUCAAUCGGUCGGUUUCCAGAGGAAAAUAGAUUGUGUGAGAAUUGUGAUUUGGGUGAAGUGGAAAGUGAGUCCCAUUUUCCAUUGUACUGUACAAUUAUGAUGACUUAAGAGAGCUACUGUUUCAUGAAAUUGCUCGACUAAACCCUGAAAUAUUUUGGUGUUCAGAUGAGCAAAAACUGGAACGGCUGUUUAAUUUUGAUGUAUUUAAGUUUGCUAACUUUAUCUCAAAAGCCUGGAAAAGAAGGCGAGACAGAUUGUUUAAUUAGUGUUUACUUAGAUAAUAAUAAUAGUAAUAUAUGGCAAACUUCCAACUGUAAUUCAGAAUGUCUGAACUAUUUAAUGAUGGUCUCUAGAUCUGAAGAUGAAAGAUUUUCUUUUUACAAUAUACACAUUGUACUCUGGUGCUGGCUUGUUGGAAUCCAUGCAGGCUGGGCGUACAGUUGUAUGCAUCACACAAUAAUAAAAAAUUCAUUCAUUCAUUCUCAAAUGUGAAUAUUUUCUGGUUUAUUUAGU